AUCGGAGUUACGUCAUUGCAGGCUGGAGACUCAAGUUCCGCUGUCGACCAAUUGUUUCGGGCGAAAUUAAUUUGUCAGCAACGGAGGAGCCGGCAGUCGAACCGCAACCCAGCAAAGGAAAAUGACUCCAGAGGACGAGAGGUGGACCGAAUCAUGCAGCAGCCCUGUUUUUGUGCACAACCCACACCUGGAAGAAAUGAAAGAUGACAUCCUCUACCACUUUGGUUUAGGAACCGGGACUCACAACCUACCAGCUAUGUUUGGUGAUGUCAAAUUUGUGUGUGUCGGGGGCAGUCCUUGGAGAAUGAAAUCCUUCACCGAGUACAUUGCUGCUGAGCUCCGUAUGGAAGACCCCAAAUCUGAGUACCCAAACAUCUGUGCUGGAACGGACCGCUAUGCUAUGUACAAAGUUGGCCCUGUGCUCUCUGUCAGUCAUGGAAUGGGAAUCCCAUCUAUUGCCAUAAUGUUGCAUGAGCUUAUAAAGCUCCUCCAUCACGCUCAUUGCACAGAUGUUACAAUUGUUCGAAUUGGAACAUCUGGUGGAAUAGGGCUUCAGCCGGGCACGGUUGUUGUCACCAAGCAGUCAAUGGAUGCCACCUUCCUGCCCAAGUUUGAGCAGGUGAUCCUUGGGAAGACGGUGGUGCGCAAUACUGAUCUUGACCCAAGCCUGGCUGAGGAGCUGUUACAGUGCAGCAAGAAGCUAAACCAGUUUGAGACAGUCAUAGGCAACACCAUGUGUACACUGGAUUUCUAUGAAGGCCAAGCCCGUUUGGAUGGAGCCUUCUGCUCCUACACCGAAAAGGAUAAACAAGAUUAUCUCAAUAAAGCCAGUGAAGCAGGAGUCUGCAAUAUUGAAAUGGAGUCAUCCGUCUUUGCUGCCAUGUGCAAGCUGAGUGGUCUGCGAGCGGCUGUGGUUUGUGUGACAUUACUGGAUCGCCUGAACGGGGAUCAGCUGAACAACUCUCAAGACGUUCUUCACACUUACCAACAACGACCUCAGAUACUGGUUGGCUACUACAUUAAAGAGCAAUUGAAGAAAAUGAGCAGAUCGUAGCUAAGUGCAACAGUUAUUACAUUGUUAUGCAAGCAAGUGUAUACAUUCUUUAUACUGAUCAACAGCCAUAACUGUAAUACCUCUAUUAGUCACUGGAUUUGUUAUUGAUGUACUUGUAUUUAUCCUUUUGGCACUAAUACAUCCUAUUUGUGUAUGGUAUAGGCUUUGCCCUCUGAGAGCUGUCACUAUUGGGUUUAUCUUCGCAUGCAAGCGCAAUCGUGAAGAUUUGUUUUCGCACCCUGAAGCUCUGCAUGGGUCCCUCUAAUUUCUGCAUUUGCCAUAUAUAUAUUUGCUGAUGCGAGGGUCCUGGGACAGAAUAUGUUUUAUGUAAACAGAUUGUAAAUCCCUCUGAUGCAAAUUUGUGAUUUUGGGCUAUACAAAGUAAAUUGACAUUAAAAUAUAACGGCUGUGCUACCAUA